UUUAAAUAUAUUCAUUUACUAUGGAUGUCUCCGUCGAAAUGUAUUUUUCGGAAGAUGAAGAGGACGAAAAUGUGCAGCUUGCACGUAUUAGAAGGAGCCUUAGAGACCAGACUAAUCCAUUGGAGCUACCAACGGCCAAAUUCAUUAGUUACUUUAUGCUGAACAAAGAAGCGUUUAUAUAUUUAUUGAAUGAGACAAAAGACUUUUAAGCAAUCAAUGCGGACUUCUGCUACAUCACCGACCAUAAAAUUAUGCGCCGCUUUACGCUUUUUUGCUGAUGGCAGCUACCAAAAUAGUAGCGGUAGCAAUUUUAAUUUUGGUUUAGCUCAACCCACAUUUUCUGUGGUUCUUGUGGAAGUUCUAAACAUCCUUGAACAACAUGUCUGUUGAUCAAGGCGGCGAUGACCACUGAUGAAAUACAGGAUUCCAAACUGGCUGUUUACGCUCAAAGUGGAUUUCCAGGAGUAUUGGGCUUCGUUGACGGUACGCAUGUCCGAAUCUGUGGGCCACGAAAGGAAGUACAGCAUCUAUAUCUUAAUAGAAAAGGAUACUACAGCCUUAAUGUGAUGAUUUUUUCAGACUAUAAACAGAAUAUUGGGUUCGUUGACGCCAGAUACACAGGUUCUAAUCAUGAUUCUCAUAUAUGGAAUGUGAGCACACUAAAACAACGACUCGAUCAGAAUUUGCCAACAAACACAUGGAUUUUAGGUGAUACAGGAUAUCCACUAGGAAGAAUUAUAAUGACCUCAUUUCGGAAUACAGUUGAUGGCUAACCACAAAAGAGGUACAACAAAAUUCAUGCUAAAGCAAGGAACUCCGUUGAGAGAACCAUUGGCGUGCUGAAAAGCAAGUUCAGGUGUUUGCUUUCUGCGCGUGGUUUGCACUACGCGCCAGAAAAAGCUAUGCAAAUUGUUAAUAGCUGAAAUACAAUGCCGGCGAACGGCGAACUCACC